GCCAUGUUGCCAUUCAUGAGGAACUUUAGGCAAUUUCGCCGCAACCAGCAAGUGACGCAGAUGUCAAUUAUUUGCAGAGGCAAACCAAUCAGCCGCGAUGAACUCUUCACGUAUACCAACGGCCGCUUCCUCGUUGAUGAGGACCGUCAGCUUGCUCGACGCUACCGCAAAUUCAACCCAGACGCCCUCUGUGAUAUAGCCGCUACAGCUGGUGGGAGCACAUCUCGAAUCAUAUCUAUUGAAAAGCUCGAAGGAGGUUUCAGCAAGGCUCUUCUAAUGACAAAGGCGGAUGGAAGUGAAUUGAUCGCGAAAGUUCCCUGUCGUAUUGCUGGCCCGGCCUUUCUCACGACAGCCUCCGAAGCAGGUACAUUGGAGUAUAUCAGAAAAUACACAAGCAUUCCUGUGCCUCGUGUCUUUUCUUGGUCUCCUCACAAUUCAAACCCUGUCGGGGCAGAGUAUAUUCUCAUGGAGAAGGCGGCUGGGAUUCCGUUAUUUGAACGAUGGAGCAAGAUGGCGGAAAUCGACAAACUGGGGCUUAUAAAGAAUUUGACCCAACUUGAAGCUCAACUGGCGGCUAUUUCGUUCCCGACGUAUGGCGGCCUGUAUUUGCGUGCAGAUGCCGACCGCUUACAACAUCAGAACCUUGAUGACAAUGUGGAUGAACAGCACCUGUUCUGCAUUGGCCCUUCACCUGACCGUUCCUUUGAUCUUGACGAGGCUGCUAGCCUACGCAUCAACGAUGAGUCAAUUAACAAUGGGCCUUGGAAUAGCUUGUCAGAUCUCGGGAUAUCAAUUGCCAAACGAGAGCUCUCUCAGAUCGCAACGCAGUUUCCAGACAGCCAGUCAAUAGGCCAUCGAGGAAGCCCCCAGGAACAAGCCCGUUUACUGGAGAUUGCAAUCAGCUUGAUGGGGAUGUUGGACUCCCACCCGGUACUAACCCAAUUCGCCCAGCCUACGCUAUGGCACACCGACCUCCAUAUGGGAAAUAUUUUUGUAGCACCAGACAACAACUCCCAGAUUACAGCACUAAUUGAUGUCCAGUCUUUGUCGGUACUCCCAUUGUUUCUUCAAGCUCGAUGGCCAGUGUUUCUGCAGCCUCCUCGGGAGUAUACCAGAGGCCUUGUCCAACCUGUGCUCCCCGACGACUUUGAUUCUUUAGAUAAAGAAGACAGAGUUGCUGCUCUACAUGACUGGACGCAGGCUAAAAUGGCAAAAGCAUAUGAAGUCUCGACCUUUUUAGAGAACAGACCUGCCCAUAACGCCAUGAAUGUGCCGCGAGUUUUUCGAGAACUGUUCAUUCGCAUUGGAGAAACCUCUGAUGUAGGGAUUGUUCCACUUCGGGAGUGUUUGAUUGAAAUAUUCCAGAACUGGUCGAAUCUAGGCAUUUCUGAGCAUUGUCCUUAUUCCUUCAGUCAGGAAGAGAUCAGUGCACAUGAAGAGCAAUUUUCUAAAUAUCAAGAAUGGAAUGAAGUCCAGCAGCUCGCUCAGGAAUCUCUAGACACCGAUGCGGAAGGAUGGGUGGCGCCGCAAGUGGAUUUUGCCCAAAGAAGAAGUCAGAACAAGGAGCUGUUAUCGAUGUAUAUUGCGCGAAUGGCGGAAAAAGGCUCGUCAGACGAAGCAAGGCGGAUAUGGCCCUUUCCUGAAUGAUAGAUAAAAUGGACUCGGACACACGAGACGCCGGCACAUUCAGAAGCACAGUCCGUAACAAACUCCCGAACAACAACAAGGGGCUCAUAAACCAGGAGCCAAGUCUAUCGUACUGAUAGUAUGGCGGUGGUCGGGGUCUCAAUGUACAAAUGUCCGUAAAUUAGUCAAUGCCGAUCAAGAGCCUCCUAUUCUCAAU